GCUGACAGAAACAAGGCGUCUGUGUAAAUCAUUCACGUCUUCGCCCCAGACAGACAAGCUUCAUGUAUGGGAGACCAGCUACAGUAAUAAGACAGUGAAGUGAUGUCAGCCAGGCGUCUCCCCCAAUCCUGCCGCCUUCUAAACAAUCUGACUCAAGCUUCAUGUCAGGGGGAGUCUCUAAACUUUACAUGACACCAGAGGAGGAAGGCAGGGCCGAGCCGCCCCUCUGCUGAAACGACCCAGCAUCAGCCUCCCUCCCUCUCUCUCCCUCUGUGGACCACCCUCCCGUGCUCUCUCUCUCUCUCUCUCUCUCUCUCCAGCGCCUGCUCGUGCCAUAGCUGCCUGCGUUCAGGCCUCCGUUCUCUGUGAGAGCAGAGGUUGGGAGUGGGGAGAGAGAGAAUGGAGAGCGGGAACACGCAUAGGAAACACAUCUGAGACGUCAGACCCGCUCACCUGCACGUCCUGGACCCGACUCCACUCACUGACUGCUUGACACAGAGCAGAGAAACCAUGGGACCGGUAACAUGGAGCCUUUUUAUUCUGUUCGGUUCGUCGCUGUGGAGCAACGGCCGAGCUCUCGCCAAGAACCCCCUCCUCUCCCGGAUCCGUCGGGCUCCGGAGUCCGGCGAAGAGAGCAAGAAGUGCUCCUACACCUUCCUGGUGCCGGAGCAGAAGAUCACCGGGCCCAUCUGCGCCGCCCGCGGCUACUCCACCGACAAGGACCGGGUGACGCGCCUGGACGUGGCCUCGGUGCGCGACCUCCUGUCGAAGCAGCGCCGGGAGAUGGAGACCCUGAAGCUGGUGGUGGACGUGGACGGCAACCUGGUGAACGAGAUGAAGCUGCUGAGGAAAGAGAGCAGGAACAUGAACUCGCGGGUGACCCAGCUCUACAUGCAGCUGCUGCACGAGAUCAUCCGGAAGAGGGACAACUCGCUGGAGCUGGCGCAGCUGGAGACGCGCGUCCUCAACGCCACCGCCGAGUCCCUGCGCCUGGCCUCCAGGUACCGGGAGCUGGAGGCCAAGUACGCGGCGCUGUCGGCGCUGGUCAACAACCAGUCGGUGCUGAUCGGCGCCCUGGAGGAGCGCUGCAUGCAGGUGUACAGCAGCAGGCACGAGCAGCCGCCCCUCGGGCCGCCGCUGGUGCAGGUGGUGCCGGAGAACAUCCCCGUCAACGUGCCCCGGUUCACCAACGAGAUCCAGAGGGACAACGCGCGGAGCUUCGCCCGGGAGAGGGGCUCCCGCUCCGGGCCGUCGCCCACCAGCGGGACCCUGGACGGCCAGAAACCGCCCGACAGAAACUUCAGCACCGAAGGUCCUUUCAGAGACUGCCUGGGCGCACAGGAGGCCGGCCACAGCACCAGCGGCAUGUACCUGAUCAAACCCGACGAAACCGAGAGGCCCGUCCAGGUCUGGUGCGAACAGGACAUCGACAACGGGGGCUGGACCGUAAUCCAGAGCAGGAGAGACGGAUCUGUUAACUUCUUCAGAAACUGGGAUAACUACAAGAGCGGCUUCGGCAACAUCGAUGGCGAAUACUGGCUCGGGCUGGACGCCAUCUACAAGCUGGGGCGGCAGGGGGACUACAAGCUGCUGGUGGAGCUGGAGGACUGGACGGACAAGAAGAUCUACGCUCAGUACAACAGCUUCCACCUGGAGCCAGAGAGCGAGGGCUACCGCCUUCGCCUGGGCAUCUACCAGGGCAACGCCGGGGACUCACUCAGUAGCCACAACGGCAAGCAGUUCACCACUCUGGAUCGGGACAAGGACGCCUUCUCAGGCAAUUGUGCCCAUUUCUAUAAAGGGGGCUGGUGGUACAAUGCUUGCGGCCAAACCAAUCUUAACGGUGUCUGGUACACUGGAGGCGUCUACCGGAGCAAGUACCAAGACGGGAUGUUCUGGGCCGACUAUGGCGGAGGCUUCUACUCCAUGAAGUCUGUCCGCAUGAUGAUCAGACCUAUAGACUAAGGAAAUACUGCAAGCCAAACUGGACCAUGAGUGAUAAUGGAAGCUCUUUGUGAUAUUUCAUCAGGAUCAGGUUGGUCCUAACUUUACAAAGAUUUCUGAUGAACAUCAGUACCGACUUGAACAGCUUCUUGGAGUCUAAUAUCACAGUAGGGAGUCAGAGGACAUGACUUUAGAAAGCCACGCACACAUGUUAACAAAACAUGCAUGUGGGCAACGCGAAAAUAGGAAAAUGUGCCGCCAUUUGCAGUUAGAGAAUAUGAAUAUCUUUGAAUAACAAACCAACAUUACUAUGAGAUCCCAUUGAAAAGAGAAGCCAGAUCUUCUCGGAACGCAACUGUUGGACGUAGCGUCAGAGUCACAAGAGCUACUGUCAAUGCAGCUUUUCCUACCUCGCCAAAGUAAAUGUUUGAGGGAAACACGCAUAUGUAGUAUUUAACUUAUGUUGUACUUGCUGGGAGCUGGAAAAAACAUUUUGCUGAUGUGUCUACUUCCAGAUGUUUAAUGACUCGUACCUUAAGUUUAAGAAAGUAAGGCCGUAUUGAUAUAGUUUGUUUCCUUAAACUUAAAAUGACCUUUAUACUGUUAAACUACUUUGUCCAAGGUCAGAUAACCAUGACGUAUAAUUUAUGUGUCCAAUUAACUUAUCAUAACAGUGAGAAGGGCCAGGUGCCCUAAAGGAGCAGUAAGUGAUCCUACAGAACAUAGAAAAAAAUAUAUAAUUUCCUCCACUGAAUAUACACUUACUAUUUUCUGUGUAUGGAAAAUGCUGUUGUGUUUGUCUUGUUCAGCUGACCAUUAAAUUUCAGUAUUACUCCGAGGAAAACACGUGACGCCGAGAAGAAAAAAGAUGGAAAAUACAUUUUGUUUUGAGUGGUUUUCGAGCAUGAAAAGAAUGCCGACCAAGCGUGUUGAGCGUCGAAGGCAUUGGGACAGACAACAAGAAACACAUUGCUGAACGCCAGAUGAGGAAAAGAAGGGAGUGAUGGGAUGAACUGGGAUGGAAUCAGGCCAGAUUUCCAAGUUCUCUUAUCCCCAUGUUUCUUAAAUACACAGAAAUUUGCAUUCUUUCCACACAAACUAUAUUGCUUUGUAAAAGAAAUCGUACAUAGACCAAGUUGUGGGUGCCUGCACUCUUUAAUCAUCGCCAUGGAAGGAAAGCAGCAUCUUUUUGAGGGGAGGGGAGCUGGAAGGUUGGGGCGUUGAACAACAGUGCUGCAUCCACAACACACAUGAAAGAAAACCAGUCUCUGGUCUCUGAAAUAAAAAAAAACUCUCGUAUUGUGAUGUUUUUUUUUUUCUUAUAGACCACAAAGGCUCUCACACCCAUCUCUUAAACAAACUUUUACAAAGCAACAAAACACAAAGAGACCGGUCAGCUCCAGCUGGACGUGGAAACAUGUUUAUGGUAAAGAGAACAUGUAGCAACUAAUAAAAAAAAAAGUCAUUGUAAUGUUAAAAUUAAACUGCAAUAAAAGCUGAAACCAAUGA